AUGGUACGAGAACGAAGUCGAAGCAGAGAGAGAGAACGUGAAAGACGACGUAGGUCGCGCUCACGUUCUACUGGCCGGACACGGACAAUCGAGAAAGAUCGUUCACGUCGCCGCAGCCAGGAACGUCGUCGAUCACGAAGUCCUUUAGAUCGUAGAAGAAGUCGGAGUAGAAGUCGUGAGCGACUGGAUGAAAGAAAACGAUAUGACAAUGAAGAGAGAUCACGAAGGGACAGGGAAAGAGAAAAACAAGCGAAAGAUGUUGCCGUUGAUUCUUUGAAAGGACUUGACAAGGAUAUGCUCAAAUUGAUGGGUUUUGCAGGUUUUGACACCACUAAGAAUAAAAAGGUGCCAGGUAACGUUGAUGGUGUUGUUUCAAUUAAUAAACCGCGGCGAUAUCGACAGUAUAUGAACAGGAAAGGUGGCUUUAAUCGACCAUUAGAUUAUGUUGCAUAA